CGGGCUAUGCCGCUGAUAAGUACUAUCUGGAUGAAAGUAGUCUCCGCAAGGAUAUCCUCAACGGAUACGAGUACAAGAUACGACCCUCAAAGACCGUCAUUGUCAAGGCCAAACUCAGCUUGCUCAACAUUAAUGUGUUGGAUGUGCCGUCACAGCGCCUAUCGGUCUCUGGGUGGUUGACGUUUACCUGGUACGAUUCCAGACUUAGCUGGGACAAAGACAAGUACAACAACAUCACCGACAUCUUUGACACAGAGCUGGUAUUUUGGCGCCCAGAAAUCAUUGAAACCAUGACUUGGGAGCCUCCGGGGGAUUUUCAACCCACUUUUACUUGGAUAUCACGUUUUUUAACCCCCUUCGACACGCAAGAAUGUAUCGUGGCUUUCUCCAUCAAACUACAGAGGAAACCGAUGUACUACGUCACGACAAUUCUGAUCCCGGUGAUUGUGACCUCCAUCUUGUGUAUCGUGGUGUUCCUGCUCCCCGCGGAGUCUGGCGAGAAAGUUGGCUACUCUCUAACCAUCCUGCUGACAUACACUGUCAUGCUGACGUUGGUGGCCAGUUACAUGCCUCCGACCAGCAAGCAUACAUCAGUGCUGGGUGUGUACCUCACAAUAAUAUUGUUUAUUGGCGUGGUCACUACACUGGUCACCGUGGUGGUCCUUCACCUGCACCACCACCCAAACAACAAGGACGUCCCUGACUGGCUGCAGUUCCUGGCCCGGAACAUCAUGGUCCCGAUCUCCAGUUGGCAACCUCUCAAGGCCAGUUCAACCAGCGAUUUUUGCGAUAAUUAUAACUACGCUACCCAACCCAUGCACAACCUACUCAAA